GAAGCCGGGACGGUUCCCUGGGGGUGGGUGAGAGCCCCUUCGCCUAGAUUCCGAGGCUCCACCAGGUUUAAGGCUCCUCAGGACUCUCUGCUCCUCAGGACUGUUCAGGGACUCGGUGGCCGUGGCCGUAUUUAUGACCAUCUCGCAUUUGCCGCUUAAGUGGCCGGGUGGGGACCUCGGACAAAUCGCUCAACUUGUGUGACUUCUCAUUUGUAAAAUAAGAGCUAUCCAGUAGCUCUUUAAGCCUCUCUUCAGCUUUAAAACCUUAAGGUUCUGUGACUGUGACGUUUGUUGGGCUUUUACGCCGUGAUGUUAGGCUGAUUUCCUCACAAGAUAUUGCGGAUUAAUGACAGAACUUUAAAUGAUUUCAUUUGGUUCUUUAUUAACUGCUUUCAUUAUCGCUCAUCUUUUAAAAUUAAAUGGAACUGGAAAUUCGGGAUUAGGUGACAAACCACAGAGGACGACUUAAAAGUGCAGACUUGAAGAGUGUCAUGAUUUGGUAGUAGUGAAUCUCAAUUAGUAUUCAGGUCAACAAACACAUAAUGGAGUGUUUCUAAGACUAUUUUUAAAGUAAAGAUGACUGUUAAUUUGCUUUUUUUGAGUUUGUGGUGAAAUCGGAAACUCAGGUUCUAAGGAUGGCUUCCCAUUGAAUAGUUGAGUUUCUGGAAGCAUGGAAAUCUCAACGUGUAAAGCUGAGGAAGAGUUUCACUCACUUUCCAAGCCUCUCUUUAGCUUUAAACAGCUAAGCAUUGAUAAUCAUACUGAAUAUUGAGCGUCCAUUUUGUGCUGAUGAUCUUGGGAACCCCUGAGCUGAACAUCUACUUUAGAUGGAGAAAAUGGCCCCAGGUCCCUCCCUUUGCAUCUCUAGAUCAGAUUCCAGACGGAAGGGAGGGACGCUCCUGGAGGCAAAACCAAAAUAACAAAGGUUAAGAAAAUGGAGGGAGCGGCUUGAUGUCAUCAUUCUUGAAUAAGGAAGGAGAAUGUGGAGGUCUGCGGCGGCGCUGCAGGUGACACUUUAAAAAGCUGCUCUCUGGAGUUCCCGUCACGGCUCAGUGGAAACGAAUCUGCCUAGCAUCCAUGAGGACACAGGUAUUAGAGGACACAUAUCUUAACUGGGUCCCUCCAAGGACUAAUGCCUAAACCAUCUCAGCAUGGCCUGUAGUGGAGGAGGUGGGCCAAGCCAGCCUCCCUCACCUGCGCUCUCCUCUGUCAGCCCUGGAAGUCUUCCCACAUGUAGAUCGUGUUCCCAUAAUAUAUGCAUGGUGUCGGACUUUUUCUACCCAAAUAUGGGAGGCGUGGAAAGCCACAUUUACCAGCUCUCUCAGUGCCUGAUUGAAAGAGGGCACAAGGUCAUAAUUGUCACCCAUGCUUACGGAAAUCGCAAAGGCAUCCGUUACCUCACUAAUGGCCUCAAAGUCUAUUACUUGCCUCUGAAAGUCAUGUACAACCAAUCUACAGCCACGACCCUCUUUCACAGUCUGCCAUUGCUCAGGUACAUAUUUGUUCGGGAGAGAGUCACGAUAAUCCAUUCACAUAGCUCCUUUUCUGCCAUGGCCCAUGAUGCCCUCUUCCACGCCAAGACAAUGGGCCUCCAGACAGUCUUCACGGACCAUUCCCUUUUUGGAUUUGCUGAUGUCAGCUCGGUGCUUACAAACAAGCUUCUAACUGUGUCUCUUUGUGACACAAACCACAUAAUUUGUGUCUCUUACACUAGUAAGGAAAACACGGUGCUAAGAGCAGCACUGAAUCCUGAAAUAGUGUCCGUCAUUCCUAAUGCUGUAGAUCCUACUGACUUCACUCCAGACCCAUUUAGAAGGCAUGAUAGUGUAAUAACUAUUGUUGUUGUCAGCAGACUUGUUUACAGAAAAGGGACCGAUUUGCUUAGUGGUAUAAUACCUGAACUCUGUCAGAAAUACCCUGAUUUAAAUUUCGUAAUUGGAGGAGAGGGACCAAAGAGAAUCAUUUUGGAAGAAGUUCGGGAAAGAUACCAGCUCCAUGACAGAGUGCGUCUCUUGGGAGCCUUAGAACACAAGGAUGUUAGAAAUGUCUUAGUUCAAGGACAUAUUUUUCUUAAUACUUCCCUUACUGAAGCAUUCUGCAUGGCAAUUGUGGAAGCAGCCAGUUGUGGUUUACAGGUUGUAAGUACCAGGGUUGGUGGAAUUCCUGAAGUGCUUCCAGAAAGUCUUAUCAUAUUAUGUGAGCCUUCUGUAAAGUCUCUGUGCGAGGGAUUGGAAAAAGCUAUUUCUCAACUGAAGUCAGGAGCGCUGCCGCCUCCAGAAAGUAUCCAUAACAUCGUCAAGACUUUCUACACCUGGAGGAAUGUUGCGGAGAGAACGGAAAAAGUGUACGACCGCGUGGCAGGAGAGGCUGUGCUGCCGAUGGACAAGCGACUGGACAGGCUCAUCUCUCACUGUGGCCCUGUGACAGGCUGCAUUUUUGCUUUGUUGGCUGUGUUCAACUUUCUCUUCCUCGUUUUCCUGAGGUGGAUGACUCCAGAUUCUAUCAUCGAUGUUGCAAUAGAUGCCACGGGGCCAAAGGGUGCCUGGACUCGUCAAUAUCCUUCCCAUGCAAACGGGGACGAGAAUAAUGAGGAGUCGGAAACCAGGUAGAAGAAAGCCUGGAUUGCGAGGAUUUAAACACUUGUAAUAGGUCUAUUAAGACUGUUGAUAACCGUGCUUUUUUUUCUUUUUUUUUUAAAGUUAAUUUAGUAAGUUAUGCUACCUCUAUAUCAUUCAAUGUUUUAUUUUGAGGAAAGAGAAACACUUAUGCAAUUCCUGAGUGUAGAAACUCCUUGCACUUAUUUAAAAUUUAAGAGAGAACCUUGAAGCCACUCAGGUAUGCAAUUUUUCAGACUACUGAAAUCCCUCUAGCAGAGAUGUUUUAACAUUAUAUUUUGGGAGCUUUGGGUGCUGAAGGGCCAAACGUUUUCUGGGCAUUUUUUGGCCAAUUUUAAAUGUUCUACCGUUAGACAUUCACCAGAUGUUUACAAGUUUUCUUUAGGGAAGUACAACAACUAGAUGAACUAUUUUAAGUCAUAUUCAUACUACAUUUAUUAGACAUUUAAGGCGUAGUCUUUAGACAUGUAAUGGGUACACACUCAGUGUUGCGUAUGAUCAGCAGGUUUCUUGAGUAAAAUGGUCUGUCGGCUACCAGCAUGUUUUAAGCACCUACUCCGUGUAGAACGUUGAACUAGACACUCGGUGUGUUAAGGACCAGGGGUGCAUUCGCUCUUCGUCGAUGACUCAAGUGGCUCACUUGGUAGUCGGAGCUGGCAUGAGAGGGAAAGCUGCCCACCAUGCCAGAAAUGCUCACGCUCUUAAUGCCAGAAGGAAAGUUGCCGGCCUAGUCCGAGUUCUCCUCUGAUCCUGUUGAGCGCAUUCUCCUAGGUAGAGCCUUCGUUUUCAGUUGUGUGUAUGAAAAUCCUUCUUGCUUUUUAAAUACUAGGGACCGAUAUCACUGUUGAUGAUAGUGCAGAGAAGCCGUCCACGUCUCUCAGUGCAUAAUUUAGUCCUCUGUCAAUAUGCCUUCGUGUUUUCCGAGCAGAAUGUACGAGGUGUGCCAUCUCAAAAUCAGCUGCUACCCUGUACUUUUGAUAGAAGUCACUUCCCUUCACUUGUGGCCUAGCUGAUGUCUGAUGAGUAUUGUCAGUGUGCAGAAGUCUUAACCCCAGAAUGUUUUGUUUGUAGCCAGUUGAGUCUGAAAAUUUUAGGAACACAGUCUCUUUGUGGAUGGAUGUUGUUAACUGUAAUUGUUGUUGCCCAGAGCCAUGGGUUGUUAAAACCCCAAAUUAUCCACAUGGUGUGUCUUAUUAAUUCUUUGAACUCCUUAGAGUAAGUUUUUGUGAUUAAAGGACUGUGAAAUCACAAGAAUGAGGCACUGUGGGUGCACUGGUUAGAUGCUGGCAGUAUUGCGAUUCUUUUUUUCUUUUUGUAAACAACAACAUUCACAGAACUUCUUUUAAAAAAAAGUAUCUUAACAUGCCUAUAUCAUUGCCACUGAUACGGGAGAAAUAUGUUUGUGUUUUAUACUAGAACACAAACGCAAGAGUGCAGUUUUUAAAAUCUAGAAGUUAGGGGUUCUUUUGUUAAAGAAAAACAGACUGACCCAAACCAUUCAGUCUUAUUGGGAUUUUUGUGCAUGGAAACCGACUUACAUAAAUCUGAAAUAAACAGUGCCAAUAUUCAUGACAAAGCAAGAAACUGUAACAUUUGGUUUUAUUUCUUCUGUUCCGUUUUUAAAGACAUACUACUAUUUUUCUUGUGUUUUUGUUUCUUGGCUUUUUUUUUUUUCCCAAAAAUCUGUCAAGUAAUUAUUACAUUGCCAUUUAUUUCAGAUGGAAAUAAGAUUUAAAGUUCUUGCAUGAAAAGUAUGUAGUUUGCAUUUUUCCUUUUUUUUUUAAUAAAUGAAAGUAAAUUUGCUUGUUUUAGUAAAUUUUAAUUUUCGGGCUUCCUGAAUACCUUAAUUGUAACUGUCAGUGUUGCACUGGUCAAUAUGUGGAAACAUAUUGUUCUACCCUGCUACUUAACAUUUAUUUGAAAGUGAACUUGCAGUGAUGAGGAAUUUAUGAAAAAUAUAUUGUAUUUCUUCUGAUGUUACAAAAAUAGCACAUGCAAAACUGAUUUAUGAAAACAUGCUACGUGUCCAAAAAUAAAGACCACAAUGACAUUUUGACAA